UGUGUACUUUACGAUGGAUACAUCAGACAACUCGGUUCGCUGAUUGAUCCAAAAAACAAAAGAAUCUGGAGGUAUAAGCGGAAUGUCUUUCGUCGUGAAUGUUCUUGGGGGGACAUAAAUGAAGAUGACAUUUUACCUGGAUUUACGUUGGAUAUUGAGAUGAUCGAAAAUGCCCUUUCCCAAACACCAACACCAACAGAAACAUUUGAGUUAGAAAUCAAGUUCUCUGA